CUUCGAGGACACACACUCUCCCUCUUCCAAAUUCCUCCAUGCAACAGAACCUGGCGAUGCAUCCUUGGUCCGGCCUGUUCGGGCCGGACCAACUCCGGCCCACGCCGCAACCAGCGGCACCGAGCUCCUCCUCCGGAGGCGAGCUGGGGGAGGACCGGCGGCGGAGGCGGAUGCUCUCCAACCGGGAGUCCGCAAGGCGGUCGCGGAUGCGGAAGCAGACGCACCUGGCGGAGCUGCGGUCGCUGGUCGGUCGCCUCCGGCUCCACAAUCGGCAGAUGCUCGACGAGCUGAAUCGGGUGAUGAGCGACCACGACCGGGUCGAGCUCGAUAACCGGCGGCUCAGGGAGGCAGAGCUCGAGCUCCGGAGGCGGCUCGAGGGGUCGUCCACUAGAUUCGUUUUCUAAUUUUAACGCUGGUAAUCAUGGAAUUACGACUAAUUUGAGCUGCCUGAACUGCGCAGAAUAAAAUUAAAGAAAUUUGUUCUAAUUUUAUGAAUUAUCAUCAUGUU